AUGCUCGUUCAACAACAUCCACUACCCCUGCCAUCACCGGUUCCGGCGCCGGAUUUUGCCUACGACUCGCAAUCAUCCCCGCCGUCAAGCGUCCAGACAAGAAUCAGCGUUGCCAGUUCACGGACAAGUUUGCCUGAUGAUCCAAAGGAGACAAGCCCGUCCUUUAGAGUCCGACCGGCAACAGUGAGGGACGCGCCGGCAAUUGCGCACCUCGGGGCAACGGUUUUCUCUGCAACUUUUGGCUUCUCCAUUCCUCCGCACGACCUGACGGCUUUCCUGAACGAGGCAUACACCGCGGAAGCCAUUGAGGAGGAUAUUCGCUGUCCGACGAAGCAUGUCCUCGUGGCUUGCACGAGAGCGAAGUCGAUUGACUCAAGGCAAGGAUCCGCCUUUUCGGGCGACGGGAGGGUUAGUGAGGACAGUAGCGACGAUGCCGACGCCGAAGCCGGAGACGAAGACGACGACAGAGUAAUCGGCUUUGCACAACUCACCGAAGGGACAACGGAGCCAUGCCUUUCUCAUCUCCGCUCAAGCGUCGAGCUUCAGCGCUUAUACGUCUCGACAGCGCACCACGGUCGCGGGGUAGGAAAAACCCUGGCGCGUGAGAUCGAAUUGCUCGCCCAGAGCUUAGGGUACAGGUCAUUGUGGUUGGGUGUUUGGGAAGGCAAUUUCAAGGCCCAAAGGGUAUAUGAGGGCUUGGGGUUCACAAAGGUUGGGGACCAUGAGUUCAAGAUGGGCAAGUGUAUCCAGAUGGAUUGGAUCAUGUGCAAGGGAUUGUGA